CACUUGCUUUCUCUGCCCAAAAACCGCGUGCCCUUUUCUCUCUUCCCCUCACUUGCUUUCUCUGCCCAAAAACCGCGUCCCCUUUUCUCUCUUCCCCUCACUUGCUUUCUCUGCCCAAAAACCGCGCCCCCUUUUCUCUCUUCCCCUCACUUGCUUUCUCUGCCCAAAAACUGCGUCCCCUUUUCUCCCGGUCUGGUGCUCGCGACUGAGGCUUGGCAUUGUGCUCUUCCACGCCCCCUCCCUCCAUAGCCUCCCCCGCCGACAACUCCGGCGCGUCCUCCGACGACUCAAGGCCGACCUCGACGCCGCCCUGCCUUGCGCUCCUACGGCUGCCUACGGCAAGCUCCGCCCCGACCAUUUCUGCUCGUCUCUCCCGGCUCCGACCACCAGCGCCGACUCUGCAGCGCUGUAGCGCACGCCGCCCCUGACUCAUGUACAGGGCGCACAUCACGAAGCAGGGUCGAGCUGCAGAUCGACAUCGAUAUGGCCGGAGGAGCAGCAUGGAAAGAAUGGGGUAUCGCAGCAUGGAAAGAAUGGGGUAUCCAGGCGUUGGUGCUGCUCAGCUUGACUCUCCAGGUGGCGCUGCUCAUACUGGCGGAAUUCCGGCGGCGCGUGGACUCCGGCGCGGUAAGGUUCUUGGCUUGGUCGGCGUACAUGCUGGCCGACGGCACGGCCAUCUACGUGCUGGGCCACCUGUCCGCCGCCAGCCGGUCUCCCGACCACGAGCUGAUGGCCUUCUGGGCGCCGUUCCUGCUGCUCCAUCUGGGCGGGCAGGACAACAUCACCGCCUACGCCGUCGAGGACAACCGGCUCUGGCUGCGGCACCUGCAGACGUUCGCCGUGCAGGUGACAGCCGCUGGUUACGUCCUCUUCUACACCUCCGUUAUCGUUGGUAGCCAGUCGGGCUCGGCCUUGCUCCGGUGGGCCGGCAUCCUCAUGUUUGUGGUGGGUGUCGUCAAGUACGCGGAGAGGGUCUGGGCGCUCCGGUGCGCUGGCAGCAACCCGGUGGGGAAGAACUACCAAGCUUUACAGCAUUCGGCCGUCGUUCGCUCACACAACAAUCUGGAAGUCAUACUAAAAAAGCGUCCGUGGGACACUGAAGAUUGCCUACUGAUGGCUCACCGAACGCUUGGGGUUCCCAAGGAAAUGAUCAAGGGGCUGAUCAACGAAGUAGGAUACGGACAUGCUUCUGCUUCGUAUCUCCGGGAGGAGGGCCGUCUGUACAAGGUGGUUGAGAUGCAGCUGUCCCUGAUGUACGACGUACUGUACACCAAGGCUGAGGUGAUGCACACUUGGUACGGCCUCUGCAUCCGUAUGCUCUCGCCUGUGGCGACCACCGUCGCCUUCCUGCUGUUCCAUCGCCAUCAACAUCAUCGUCACCAACAUCAACAUCGGGUAGAUGUGGCUGUCACCUAUGUCCUGCUGGUAGGUGCCCUUGUUCUGGAGGUGGUGUCGGCGUUGAGAAGCUUAUUCUCGAGUUGGGCAUGCGUGCUCCUCAUAAGUCAUGGGCCGCAUUACUCCCUCCGCGACACCUUGCGUUACAUACCCGGCGGCACCACAACAUGGUGGCUCGAGGCCGCAGCAUGGGUACCAAGACAUGUCAGCGGUUCGCUCGGCCGUAUGGUGUUGUCCGUCCGCCGGCUGGUCCGCGCGGCGGACUGGGCAAGGUACUGGUCGGCCUCCAUGGGGCAGCACAACCUGUUGCAGCUGGCCGCUCGCAGCAGGGUCAGCAAGAGAAGCAGGAUGGCCAAUUGGAUGGGGAGAGAGGUGUGGUGGAACGCUAUGGCCUACUCGAGCUCCAUCCCUGUCUCGCCCCUCAUCCAGGAGCUGGUGGUGGACUACAUCCUGAGCAAGGGGGGUGACCUCAGGCUCUUUAGCCAUGACCACGACAGCCUUGUACAUUUUGAUUCACGGGGUCAAGCGGAGCUCAGGAGGUGGGGAUUGUACGAGGGCCUGACCUGGAGCGUGGAAGAAAAGAUCCUUGUCUGGCACAUCGCCACCAACAUCUACAUCUACUCCAUGAUGAGCAGCAGCAGCAGCGAGGAGCAUAAGCGGAUGAGUGAGGCGGUCCAGGCGCUCUCCAACUACAUGCUGUACCUCCUCGCCUCACGCCCCUACAUGCGAGCUUGGUGCCAAGAUCGUCCAAGAUGACGCAGUGGGCACGCUGGAGCUGCUCGCCCAGGUGUGGGUGGAGACGCUAUGCUACGCGGGCCAGCGGUGCAGCCCACUUUGCCAUGCCAAGCAGCUCAGCGACGGCGGUGAGCUCAUCACCGUCGCUGCCAUUCUAGUGGAGUACUUCAAACGAGGUAAAUUCCGUUGAAACAGCAAGAGGCGGGGACGAGGUUCAGGGAGGAAGGACAGCAGUUCUUUAUCCCAUCUUCCAUUAACAGGGAUGAAAUCAUCUACUAGUGCUCCCGGUGUCCUUUUAAUUACUGCAUGUUUGGUUACUCAGAAUGCUCUAGUAUACGAGUAUUUUAUAUGCAUGUGUGUCGGAAUAUUUCGACUUGAGUUUGUGCAGGGAGAGGAUAGUCGCUGUUGGCGGCUAGACUUUCUUCUAGAUAUGUUGGUUGCUGGCUGGCUUGUAACAGACUCGUAGCUCUGAACCUUUGGCUUGGUUUCUGUAAUGCAAAUCAGAGGGGAAACCCUCCAAAAAAAAAGUGUGUCGGAAUAUGGUGCUAAAAGCAUCGGAUUUUCUCUACCACUGUUUCCGCUA